AUGCCUCGAAAGUAUCUUGGAGGCUCCGGUGAUGCCCUCACAGUAUGGAUUUCAAUCGCUGCAUCAACUGUCCUUAUAUUCUAUGGAUAUGAUCAGGGUGUGUUCGGCAACGUCCUCGUUGGACAGGAUUUCCUUGACACAAUGGGAAAUCCUUCAACAUCUGUUCAAGGAACAAUGACAUCCGUCUAUAACCUUGGCUGUUUCUUUGGUGCCUUGUCAACAAUCUACUCGGGCGACAUACUUGGACGCCCUCGUGUUCUGCUACUGGGAAGUACGGUCAUUGCAGUGGGAGCUGUCAUUCAAGCUGCUAGCUACAGUGUAGCUCAAAUGAUGGUUGGUCGAAUCGUUGCAGGCCUUGGUACAGGCAUGAAUACCUCCACAGCAGGAGUUUGGCAAGCUGAGACCAGUAAAAUGCGGAGUCGUGGUAAACUGGUCAUUAUACAAAUGGCGAACUGCAUCACUGGAUACUCAAUCUCAAACUGGCUUACUCUUGGCUUCUCUUUCGCGAAAGGGAGUGUGGCAUGGAGGUUCCCACUCGCAUUCCAGAUUUUCUUCACUGGAUUAAUCUGGUGUCUCUGUCCAUUUCUACCAGACUCUCCAAGGCUUCUAAUCCGCAAAGGUCGAUACGAAGAUGCAUACGAAGUCCUUGCAGCACUUGAAGGUCAUGGAGCGACUAUCGACUCUCCCUCUGUCAAGACACAAUUCAACAUCAUCAAGGACGUUUUGGACCGCGAACACAUGAAUACAUAUACCUGGAUGCAGCUCCUCACUGGGAAAGGACCAUCUGGCGUGCUGCGUCGAAUGAUCCUUGGUGCAUGGAUGCAAGCUAUGAAUCAGAUAAGUGGAAUUAAUGUCACGAGUUAUUACAUGACAUAUGUAUUCAUUCAUGCUCUGAAUAUUAGCGAGCUGAGAGCACGUAUCCUCGCAGCAGCAGGAUCCGUAGACUACCUCCUCUUCGCAGUUCUCGCAUACUUCGUCAUCGAGCGUUACGGUCGUCGAAACGUCAUGAUGACAUCUGCUGCAGCAUGUUGCACCUGCUGGGUCAUAAUCACCAUCGUCCUUGCACUUACCGAGUCCGAUCCAAGCCACUCGUUCCAAUACGGUGCUGUAGCUGUGACUUUUUUCUUCGUCUUCUUUGCAAGUUUCGGCAUGGGUGUCUUAGGCGUUCCAUGGCUGUACCCCACAGAGAUCAACGCGCUUGAGAUGCGAACUAAAGGUGCAAGUCUGGCCAUGGCAACGAAUUGGAUUAUGAACUACAUGGUUGCCGAAGUAACGCCCAGCGGAAUUGCCAAUCUCUCGUGGCGGUUCUGGAUCAUCUGGGCAGCAAUCUGUUUCUCAUUCAUCCCUAUAACCUACUUCUUCUAUCCCGAGACCGCGAAUCGCUCCCUUGAAGACAUCGACCGCUUCUUCGAGACCAAGCCAGGAAUCUUCAUCCAUCGUAAUAAAAUCGCAACACAACUACACCGGCCUGCUAUCUACGAGGAAGAAGACAGACGGAUCGAAAGCAUGGGUGAGAAGAGUGUGGAGGUUAGCGGGAGUGAGGUUGUAGAGGAGCAGGUAGAGCAUAGAGAUGUGAAGAGUGUUUAG